AUGGUGAACAUCCCGAAGACCCGCAACACCUUCUGCCGCGGCUCCAAGUGCCGCAAGCACACCCCCCACAAAGUGUCUCAGUACAAAAAGGGGAAGGACUCCCUCGUGGUCCAGGGCAAGCGGCGCUACGACGCGAAGCAGAAGGGCUUCGGGGGCCAGACCAAACCCAUUUUCCGAAAGAAGGCCAAAACCACCAAAAAAAUCGUCCUCAAACUCGAGUGCACCAAGUGCAAGACAAAGAGGCUGUUGCCCAUUAAGCGCUGCAAGAGCUUCGAGUUGGGCGCCGACAAGAAGGCCAAGGGAGGCCCUCAGUUCUAA